AUGAUACGUGCAGGAUUUGGGAGGGCUAUUUGUCAUGCAAGGCGGUUGUCGACGAUAGAGAUACGGGCAUUGCGGCACCAACCAGCUACCCCGCUGCUCUUGGACAAUCACACCUUGUGGAAGAGAAAGGCGAGUACUGCGACACAAGAAGCUUCGUUGGCAGAGGGCAAAGAAAGGCCAUUAUUGGAUGCAGAUAUCGCGCAAAAGAUAGAUGUGAAGGCGGAUCGAGAUGUUACUGCUGAACAGGCUGUUCCUGAAGAAGACUGGCAGCAGGAUAACAUUGCUCUUAGCUUGGCCGAGACUGGGGCGGAAAAGAAAGUUGCAGCAGAGGGAGGGAAGGUUAUCGACGAUUUGCUCGAAGACUGUGCUAAAGACUUGAAGGUAGCGACUCAGCGAUACUUGCAUCUGGAGGAGUCGAACAGAACUGCAGAUUGGACGUCUGUACAAUAUAGUCACCUCAUCAACCGUGUUGGGAAUAUCCCGUCCCAAGAUUUGCCCACAACCGUCUUUGAUAAAGUCCGACAGAUCACCAGAAGCCGAAGCAUAAAAUUGGAUGAAAAAGCGCAUUUGCAAAUGGUCCGAGUGUACACAGCGGCGGAUAUCCGACGUGCACAGCGGUACUUGGCCAUGGAAUCCGAAUUGGAAGUGGAGCGAGCAAGAAUAACCGGGGAAGCUCCCAAGAGUGUUCAAAACCGAAUCCAGCGUCUGCAGAAACGCAUGGAAGCGUGCUCCUCGCAAGCACAUGCGGAUGCUGCUGAGGAACUGAUGCAGCAGGCAUUUGACGAGGGCUACCGUCCGCGCCCCUCGGAUUAUGCGGCCAUGUUGCACAUGCAUGGAACUCGCCGAAACGUCGCGUCUGUGGAAAAAUGGGUGCAGCUGCUGUCGGAACGGGAUGUUGAGAUCAAACUUCCAAUAUACGUCGCGGUAAUCACUGCAUACGGAUAUCUUGGAGACGCAUACAAUGCUCAGAAGUGGUUUGAAAAGUAUGUCAGCACUCAUGGGCGUCGCGCCGAAGUUUAUAAAGCUUUUAUCGAAGCGUUGGGAAGGGUGGGCCGUGCACCACUUGCACGGGAUAUUCUUGAACGCGUUAUGCCUGAACAAAAGGUGCAGCCGACCAUUGAUACGUACACUGCUGUUUCGAAAGUCCUUGGCUCGAGUGGGGACUUUGUUGGCGCUAUUGAGAUCCUUGGUCGAAUGCGGGCGGAUUCUGUUCUGGCGAAGGGCAUAGAAGAUGCUUAUUCUGUCAUAUUAGAGCAAGCGAUCCUCAAAGGCGAUUAUGCUGUUGCGUCGGAUAUGUUCGCGCAUCUUAAGGAACGGCGGCUACCGAACUUUACGUAUUCCCAGUAUGGACGACUAUGCAUUGAACAGAAUCAUCUCGAUGAAGCCCUUGCUGUUUAUCGGAAGAUAUACAGCCGGAGUGGAAUGGCUGAUCCAAUGUUUUCCGGUGAUCUAGCGAACUCUUUAAUCAAGGCAGGACGAAAGUCGGAUGCAUUCCGUCUGUUGGAAAUCGUACACAGCGCUAGUGCCAAACGCAAGGCUUCCUCCCCGGGAGGCGACGGGAAUGUUUUCCGUCUAGUUCCUAUCCUCAUGGAUGCGGCGAAAGGUGAUUUAAAGAUGUUAUUACGAUUACAAGAAAUUGCAGAAUCACAGGGAUACUAUGGGUCCGAAAGCAAAUCACCUUGUGGCGCUUUGUUGGCUGCAUACCAGCAGAAGAAAGAUUCGGUAGAUCUGUCCAUAGAAGACUAUCGUAUUUUGUACCUGUCCUUGUUCUCCUCCAGAAAGGCUACGAGCAAGGACGACCUUCAAAAGGCAUCGUUCGCCUUUCUGAAGGAUAUGGAGUUGAAGGGGUUGAAGCCUACGGAAGCCCUCAGCGAUCUGGUGAUUUCAGGAUUUAAAGGCCGCUACAUGGUUGGAGCGGAGAUCGAGUGGAAGAAGGCAAUGGCUAAACUUGACGUCAAGACACCAGAAAUCUCUUCUGAAUAUGCCUCUUUCAUUACGAGGGAGGAACAGCAAAGUUUGUGUCGAAAGAUUGUGAGCUGCUGUAGCAGCGGAAACGUGGCAGAAGCGCUACAGAUAAUGGAGAAACUCCAGAAAGUGAACCUCUUCCCUGACCCGUUUACUGUUUCGCGUUUGAUAUUGACGUUGGGAUCGAGAGGCGAAUUCGAGACCGUCACGCAGGUAUUCACGAAGGCUCUGGAACGGGCAAGAACACUACGUAAUCUGAAGGUCAGGGAACAUUGGGAAGAUUCUGCGUUCGAAGCUGUGAUAAUAGCUUAUACGCGGGCAGGUUACGUGUCCGCGGCCGCCAAAUUUUUCAUUGAAAGUGUAACUGUGCUGGGACGACAUCCGUUUGCUCAGAAGACAUAUGUGUGGUUCUUUGACACGGUUGGUCGAAGCAGGGGUAUAGCGAAUGAGGAUUACGCGGACAUAUAUGCCGUUUUCGAAGCGUAUAGGGAUUUGGUUGGGGCAAAGACAAUAUCACUCGCUGUCUACAACGCAGUGUUGAGAAUUAUGCGCAAAGCAGGAAGAUAUGAACACGUCGUUGAACUCGCACGCUUGAUGCAGGAGGCUGAGAUCACAUUAGAUCCGCCCACCUACCAGAACUUGAUUUUGUCAUUGAUUCGAUCUCAGCGUAUUGAUGAGGCGGCAAAGCUGUUUGAGAAGUACCUGGACGAAUAUUGGGAGCGUAUGGAUAUUACGGUUUUCAAUGUGAUGAUCUCUGGAUACCUGGCACACGAUGAUUUUGCAGACGCGUUACGUGUGUUGAAAAUUGCCGAAAGUGCAGACCUUCGAGCAAAUGUAGAGACAUAUGAAUUGUUGAUUACUGGUUUGGCACGAUCUGAAGAGUACGCAGGCAGCGCGUUGUCCUUGGUACACAAAAUGAAGGAGAGCGGUCUUCCUGUUCGACCGCAGGUCUACGAAUCUGUGAUUUUGGGAACCUGCUCGGGGAAAACAAAGUCAUUAUCCGUAGCUCUGCAAUGUUAUCGCGCGAUGGAGCAAGCCAACAUGCGGCCAAGCCCUAAUGUGUUUGAGAAGCUUAUCGUUGCGAUGAUUGAUCAGGGCGAUAUGGUGACCGCGGAGAAGUUACGCCUGAGUAUGGACACCAUUGGUCGUCAUCCUACGUCGGAAACCGAGGCGGCCCUACAAGCAGGGUAUCUCAAAAGAGGCGAUCUGCUCUCUGCGCGACGGGUAUUUGAUGGAAUGGCAAAUCCAGUUUCGGAAACAUCAAUACCUCACCCGACGCGAACCAAGGAGUCAUACCAGAUGAUAAUAAACGCUGCCAUCAAGGCAGGAAGAACGGAUUUAGCGGCAGAGUACGUAGCACAAGCGAAAGGUAGUCCUUAUGAGGCAGAAUCUCCAGGGUGGGCGGAAAGCUUAGCGCUGGGGGCAUAG